GUGAGUGGCAGCCAGCUGGGGGAGGGGGUGUCGGGGCACGGCGGAGUGCUGCGCUCGGAGAGCCUGGCACCUGGAGCAGCCGCCUCCCCCUCCCCUUGGGCCCCUAGAGGUCCCUUCUCCACCAUCCUCCUAGGGGUGGGGAGCCCAGGAAGGGCUAAGCUUGCCCCUAGGCAGGCGGAGCGGAGCCGGGAGCCCCACCGAGCGCUGCGGAGCGACUCACCUCCGUUCCAGGGCUCAAGUGUGAAUGGCUGCCCCAUGUUGUGUUGAUGCCAGUCUGCCAUGCUAGCCUGUCUACCAGGGCCAGGUGACCUGUCCUUUCAGCUUCUUUCUCACACGCAGAUGAACACUGGACUUCAGAAAUGGGACACUACACAGAAAAUGAGAACUGCUCACUAUCCUACCCCAGCCGAAUUGGACGCGUAUGCUAAGAAGGUCGCAAACAACCCACUGACUAUAAAAAUCUUCCCCAACAGUGUGAAGGUUCCCCAGCGGAAACACGUUCGUCGUACUGUGAACGGCCUCGACACAUCAGCCCAGCGCUACAGCCCCUACCCGACUCAGGCUGCCACCACCAAGGCAGGCCUGCUUGCUAUUGUCAAAGUGCCAGCCAAAAGCAUACUCAAGGACUUUGACGGCACCCGAGCCCGGUUGCUCCCCGAGGCCAUCAUGAACCCCCCGGUAGCACCCUAUGCUACUGUGGCACCCAGCACUUUAGCCCACCCCCAGGCCCAGGCUCUGGCCCGCCAGCAGGCCCUGCAGCAUGCACAGACCCUGGCCCAUGUCCCUCCCCAGACUCUGCAGCACCCUCAGGGUAUCCCGCCACCCCAGGCACUGUCCCACCCUCAGAGCCUCCAGCAGCCUCAGGGUCUGGGCCACCCUCAGCCCCUGGCCCAAACCCAGGGCUUGGUCCACCCUCAGGCCCUGUCUCACCAGGGUCUCCAGCACCCCCCGAAUCCCUUGCUGCAUGGGGGCCGGAAGAUGCCAGACUCAGAUGCUCCCCCAAAUGUGACCGUGUCUACCUCAACUAUCCCCCUUUCAAUGGCGGCCACCCUGCAGCACAGCCAGCCCCCGGACCUGAGCAGCAUCGUGCACCAGAUCAACCAGUUUUGCCAGACGAGGGCAGGCAUCAGCACUACCUCAGUGUGUGAGGGCCAGAUCGCCAACCCCAGCCCCAUUAGUCGCAGUCUGCUCAUCAAUGCAAGCACCCGGGUGUCGACCCACAGCGUCCCCACACCAAUGCCUUCCUGUGUGGUCAAUCCCAUGGAGCACACCCAUGCGGCCACAGCCGCAUUGCCUGCUGCAGGCUCUGUCAACCUGCCCACAGGCAUCUCUCGAGCCCCCACUGGCUACCCUAGCGACCUCAAGCCAGUCGCCUGGAACCAGCAUCAGCUGGCCCACCUACAACAGAUGUGCAGUGAGGCUGGUGGGACACCAGCCCCUAGCCUGACAGGCAAACAUGCAGCAGGAUGCGAGUUGGCAGGGCCUGGCUUUGUGGGCAAGGCCCCUGCCUACCCGCAGGAACUCUGCCUGGCACAGUCCUUCCAUCUGAAGCCACCCCUGGAGAAGCCAACCCCAUCCCCACCAGUCAACGGCCUGGCAGCCCCACUGGCCUACCCCAAUGGUCACUACUUCCAGCCCCUGUGGAACAACAUUCUGCCCACUCCCAAUAGCGACAGCUCGGGGUCUCAGGACCUCGCCAUGCCAUUCCAUGGUGGGCAGCCCACAGGUGCACCCCUCGACUGUGGGACGGCUGCUGGGGCCCACUACCGAGCAGGGACUGGGGGCAGUUCAGUGGCAAGCCAGAACAGCUUGAUACAAACGGUGGAUUACCUAAGUGGGGAUUUCCAGCAGGCCUGCUUCCGAGAACAGAGCCUGGCCAUGUUGAGCAAGGCCCACCGAGUCCCUGGCAACCGAGCCCCUGAUCCCACAGAUAGUCGAAAUCUUCAUAUUCAGCACCCUGGGUAUAGAUAGGUAGCCCUGGUGCCCUCCACAAGCUACACAUCAUACAUCACUCUCCUAGGUUUAGUCUUUAUUUUGAGUAACUGGAUAGUUUGAAAGUUUUGCUCUUCCAAUGUGAUCAUUCUUAGAUGUCUGAAAGGGAAUUUGGUGGGAUCUGAUUGAGGACAGAGAGGGGUCCUCUGUGCCCUCAUCAUUCUCUCCAUUAGCCCUAGCAGCAUUUGGGUUUAUGUUGGGACCUAACCCCAACCCCAGACUUCUCUCUUCUUCUGGCCUCUCAGUCAAGUCCCUCCCCCUUAGCCCUCUUCCUGCUCCUCUGCCUUUUCCCCUCAGGACUGAGGUGUGGGUUAGGGAAGGGCUCCAGGUGAGGAGCUUUAGGUGCCCAGCCUGCUAAGCUAGGCCUCUCCCUGUCUGUCUUUUGAGAUGAAGAAGCCAGACUUCCCAAGUGCUCUGGAAGCAAGUUCCUUAGUCUCCCAAAAACUUCAAAGCAAAACCGACCCAGUCUUCCAUCUCCUCCCAGCGCUUCUCCAUUCCAUAAGACUGUUUGACAUCUGCCAUGAUCCUAGAUAUACUGCCCUUGUUCUUGCCACACUCUCAAGGGCAUCCUGCAGGCAUGGGGCUAUAGCCUUGAGGCAUGGGGAAAAAUCUAUCUUUAUAUAUUGAUAUCCUGGCACCUCUCUCCCCUUUCCAGCCCUAGAGAAAUGCAGUGACCAUCCAGCAUACCCAAGAUCCCUUUCUCACUGUUACCCUUAUCCCCUAUCCUCUCCCCAAAACAAGCAAAACAAAAUGAAAUCUUGAGGAAUUAGGUAGGUAAGGGAUGAUCACAUUGGAGUUUGGAAUUAAAAAACACCAAAAAAAAAAAGUUAAGAUGCAUUUGGUUCUCUACACUGGCUAAGAAUAUUGCUCUACACUGUAAGUUUUAAACGUCCUGUUACUGUAUGAAUGUCAUGUGGGUUUGAGUAGCAUUGUGUGAGUGGCCCCACAGGUACAUUCAUCCUCUAGUCACCUCCUUUCGCAGCCCCUCAGUUUAGUGAAGAAAGAAAAAAACACAAAGCCUUAAGCUCUUUGAAUUCCUUUACCACAUGAGCAUGGUUCUAACAGCCGGAGGUGGGCCUACAUUGGAACAGCUCCUCCGGCCCCCUUGCCCAUUCUUCGCACAUACCCCCAUUCACUCCAUGCUCAACUGUCUCGUUAACCAAGUGGCAAUUAGUUGGCUAGAAAUUUAAAACUUUUCUGUAACUUUAAAUUUAGAUGUUUUGUAAUUUUUGCACCCUUCUGUUUAAGAUGAAUAGUUGGGCUCUUUUUUUUUUUUUUUUAACCAAUAAGCCCUUACUACCUUUCCUCUUGUCUCUGGGGAAUGUGACCUGAUGUUCUUAUUUAAGAUUUUGGGUUUGCUUAGUAUACUAUCCACUGUUCUUUAGCCAGAAAUUCCCUAGUGAUCUGAAGCAAUGUGACUGAAGACCAGUUUUUAAAUUAUGUGUUGGCAAGUUGCCUUAUAUUUAAAAAAAAGAGGGGAAAAAAAAGAAAUGUCUAAUUGUGUUAUGCCAAAUGAUAGCAUCACAAAGUCCUAAUUUAUUUUUCCCCAUUGUUUUCCUGUGAACACUCUGUGAACACUGGUACCUCCCUCUCCUGAGCUCUCGGGAGCACCUACAGCUUCUGUUGCAAUGCCUUUUCCCAAGGUGUUGGCCACCAUCUCACCCAGGGCCCCCUUCCAGUUCUCGCUUCUCUGAGUUAAAUUUAAAGAGCACCACCGUCUCCCUUGUCCCUGCUUGACCUCCAAACCAGAUAUUUUCAAUGUAAUUUUUCCCAAUGCCUCUCCCCGAAAGGUGAGCUGCCCUUUUAGGAUACUGGACCAGACACCAACUUGGGGGCUUUAAACCAAACCUCAAGCCCAUCUCUUCCCGUGUAGGGGUGCAAGUCUCUGAAGCUCUCACUCCCACCCCUAGUCUGCAUGGAAAAUGUACUGUGACCCCACCCCCCCGACUGCCUUUGCCUUUGGUGUGAGAUGUUUCCUAGUUCACCCUGAGCCCCUCUCCCUCUCUGCCAGACAACCCCCAACCAGCAAUAAGGGUCCAAGCCAGGGCCUCCUAUCCAUGCUCCCUGCCUCCAUACUGCCCCCACUGCCCCUAGGGGAUACCUGGAUUUCCACACUGUCCACUACUGUAGCAUUCAUUCUCCAUCUCCCUCAUCUUCUCACCUGUGGUGGUUUAUGGGUGUGAUGGGGUUUUUAAGAUUAUUAUGAACCAGUAAAAAGGAAAACGCA